AUGUCUUGGGUUCAAAAGGAAAUUCGCUUAAAUGAGCGUAGAAGAGGCUGUCAUUUGGUUCACAAGGAGAUCGUAGGUCAACUACCUGAAUUGAAAAACUAUAAAAUCGGCAUGGCCAAUGUCUUUUUACAACACACCUCUGCUUCAUUGAUGAUCAAUGAAAAUUACGAUUCUGAUGUACAAAAAGACAUGGAAAUGGGUUUGAAUAAGAUUGUACCAGAGACCUUCCCUUACAUUCACACAGCCGAGGGUCCUGAUGAUAUGCCUGGACAUUUAAAAUCUGGCAUUGUUGGUGUAUCCUUGAACAUCCCUAUCACAAAUGGCAAACUCAAUUUGGGCACCUGGCAAGGUAUCUACUUGUGUGAACAUCGCAACUCUGGUGGCUCGCGUCGUGUUGUCGUUACUUUACAAGGUCAAACUAAAUAA